UGUAAUAAGAUCCUUUUCCCCUCUGAGAUGCUGCUACGUUUUACUACCUGAGAUAUGAUUCGUAGAAUCGUACUACCUCACGGCAUCAUUGAAGCGAGAAAAGGCUGAUUAAGUUAGGAGUUGUACUGUAGGGCGGCACCUGUAUCGAUGUGGUUCCUGUAUAUGUUUUUCUCUGUACGAAGUUGUUGACCGGCUUAGUUGGAUUUGUGUGCUGAUCUGCCUGUAUUUCCACCCCUAAUAUAAUGCAUGCCAGAUUCAUGUUUUUAUUGUCCAUCUGCUACAUUCUAAGCUGUCCUAAUACAAUGCACGUGGGGUAAAGGUGUUGUGCGUUUUAGUUGAUGUGCCUGAAAUCGAGCCUACAGUUACGACUUGUCAGCUAAUGUGUGCUUUUAUGAAAAUAAAUAUGCUACUUUUCAUUCUGCUGAAUUUAGGUUGCAGGCUGGUGAUUAUGGUUUUGUUAUGCUUAUCUGGAGAGGUAGGAACCUGGUUUAGCCUGCCUCGCUAUGCUUACAAGCUUAGAUUGUUUCAGAACAUACUUGCAAACGUGGGUGAUAAGACUUAUCUUGCAGAUGUGAUUGGCGUAGUGACAGGUGUUUCUUCCCUUGUGAGCAUCGAUGUGAAGGGACAUUCUACUUCUAAGUGCACUCUCUGCCUUACAGAUACACGGGAUACUGCGACAGCUGUGGGGAAGAAAUGCGGAGGCCAUAGAUUCGGGUCGUUUGAUAGAGGAUAGUUCUAGAGAGCCUGUGGUUGCUUUAAUGAUGGGGUGCACCCAUAAAAAGCAAGAUUCUAUGCUCGAGCUAUCUGCUAGCUAUGGAUCUCAGGUUUGCAUCAACAUGGAUAUCUCGGAUAUUGUCACUUUGCGUGAUAGGCUGGUAGGAUCUCAUUAUCCAAUUGAGCUUAUUAUGGAAAGGGGUCGGCGAUAUGAGUGUGACGAGAUUCAGGUCGUCACCGUGCCAGAGAUGUCUGCUAUGAACCCGCAUGUUGCAUCGGGCAAGAGAUUUCGGAGCAAGAUUGUGAUUGAUGGUGUCCAGCCUAACAAAGGAUGGUGGUUCUUGUCAUGUGAUGAUUGUAAUUGUAAGGCGUAUGAGGAAGGAUCUGUCUAUAGGUGUAGGAGAGAAAGGUGUUCUUGCAAGAGUGCAAGCCCAAGGUUUUGUGUUCCCUGCGUCAUUUUUGGCGUCUGGAGACGGGGUUUCGGUAUGACGAUGUGCUUCCUUUUUCUAAGGUUAAAGAGGCAGGUGAUGGUAGUGUGUUGUCUGGACGUAUGGAAGGGAGUUGGUGAACCUAGCGCAGGGCGACGACGAACUAGGAUUGGACAGUGUGGACUAGGAGGUAUGCAGAUGUUGUCUGUCAUAGAUGUGUCCAUGUGCUCAUGUUUGUGGACGAUUGCCAGUGCGCUUUUUUGCACUGGUUUUAGUCUGUUCGUAGGUGUGUUAGAUUCAGCCGACUUAAGGGAGGAUGCAGGUGUGUUUUGGGGCUGAUGGUCGGCUGUGGCAGGUGUGUUGGUGUGUCGUUUAAUACACGGGUUUAGUCGCGUGAGGUGUGCUUUUGCUGUUCUGUAAUUAGGACGAUGUAUCGCUUUAUGUGGAAGCUGAUGCAUGGUUUAUGUGGCUUUGUGAUUUUCUGCACGCCCUUGUGUGUAUUGUAUCACUGUAUGUAUGCGAGGUAUGGCAGAACAAACUGUAGGUUAAUGUGGUUUGGUAUUUUUCUUGAUUUAGAGGGAACUCAGAGUAGUUA